AUGUUUAUUAAACAACUAUUAAAGCCUUUAUUUCCCAAAUUCAUCAACCACAAAAUCCUAUCUCCAAUCUCGACCUCCUCUACAAGUUUCGCAGAGACUCAUUUUGGUUACCAAACAGUCGACGAAAAUGAAAAGGCUCAAAAAGUCUACACAGUAUUCGAGCAAGUAGCAAAUUCUUACGAUUUAAUGAACGAUGCAAUGUCUUUAGGAAUACACCGUUUGUGGAAAGAUAAAUUUGUAGAAAAACUAGGACCUAUGCAUGGUACUAACCUAUUGGACGUUGCUGGAGGAACAGGUGACAUAUCAUUCAGAGUGUUAAAAUAUUUAUUAAACACUGAGAAUUGUAUGAAUAAAAAUGCCAAUACUGUUUGUGAUAUAAACCAGCACAUGUUAGAUGUUGGUAAGAAACGGUUUGAGGAAUUGAAUAUAAAACAAGAUUCUGUUACCCUUGAUUGGGUUUGUGGAGACGCAGAGAAAUUGUGCUUUGAAGACAAUACUUUCUCGGCUUAUACUAUAGCAUUUGGUAUCAGGAAUGUAACACAUAUAGAUAAAGCUUUGAAAGAAGCUUAUCGAGUGCUGAAACCAGGUGGUAGAUUUAUGUGUCUAGAAUUUAGCCACUUGGAUAACAAAGUGUUGCAACAAAUUUAUGACAAGUACUCAUUUGAGGUUAUACCUCCUAUGGGACAAAUUCUUGCAGGACAGUGGCAACCAUAUCAAUACUUGGUUGAAAGUAUACGUAAAUUUCCACCACAAGAAGAGUUUAAAGAUAUGAUACGAGCAGCAGGUUUUUUAGAAGUUACUUUUGAAAAUUUAACACUAGGCGUGUGCAGUAUUCAUUCAGGUUUCAAAUUAUAAUAAAUAUAAUAUAUAUAUUGUUACUUAAAUUUAUUUAUAA